AUGCGCAUCUGCGUCUACGCGAGCUCGUCGACACGGACGAGCGACCGCUUCAUGGCCGCGGGCCGCGCGCUCGGCGCGGCCAUCGCCGCGGGCGGCCACGUGCUGGUCAACGGCGGCGGCCGGGCCGGCGGCAUGGGCGCGCUCAACGAGGGCUGCCGCGCGGCCGGCGGGCGCAUCGUCUGCGUCAUCCACGAGCGCUUCGUCGUCGACGGCGAGGAGUUCGCCGGCGCGGAGAAGAUGGUCGUCGCGGGCGGCGACGACCUCGGCGAGCGGAAGCGGCUCCUCGUGGAGCACUGCGACGCGCUGAUCGUCAUGCCCGGCGGCGUCGGCACGCUCGACGAGCUCUGGGACGCCGCGUCGCUCCAGCAGCUCGGCUUCAAGACGUCGCGGCCCGUCGUGCUGGUGAAUCUGGACGGCUACUACGACGCGACGCUCGCGCAGCUCCGGCGCGCGCACGACGAGGGCCUCACGUCGAAGCCGCCCGCCGAGAUCCUCCACGCCGUGCCCGACGUCGGCGCCGCCCUCGCCUGGUGCGAGGCGCAGCAGACCGCCGACGCCUACACCGCCGGGCAUCGCGCGUUCGCGCGCGACGCGCCGCCGAAGCCCCUCCCCUGCUUCGCCGCGGGCCUCGCCUGCGGCGCCGCCCUCGCGGCGCUCCUGCUCCUCGGGCGCCGGCCCUAG